AUGGACAGAGUCAUCAUCAUCGGCACCGGUGUGUUCGGCCUAUCAACGGCCGACCACAUCCAUCAGAAAUGGCCCUCUGCACAACUCUCCAUCGUUUCCCGGCCUUCUACCCUCGCCCCGAGCGACGACAUCUCAAAGAUAGUCCGUGUUGAUUACAGCAACGCAGAGCGAAUGACAGAAGCAGUCGCGGCUCAGAAGCAGUGGAACAGUGACACCAAGUUUUCCAAGUACCAACGCAGCAUCGGCCGCGUAGUGAUUUACGAACAAGAUGACGCAGCUACAGUCCAGAAGAUCAACGAGGUUCGUGAGGAGCUUGGGUUGUCGCGCCGAGAACCCGGCGACAGGACGCUGAUGAAGGACACAUUCGGGACGGCGGCGGCUCCGGAAUCCUUGACGUACAUCUCAGCUCCGGACGACAGCAUCGUCGACUGGGAACCGUGCAUAUCUGUCGCGAGGGCGCGAGCCAAGGACGCUUGUGUAAACAGCGGUGGAACCUUCUACGAAAGUGGUGUUACUAGGCUCGUCCAAGACGGAAAUCGAAUUACUUCACUUAUGCUUGAAAACGGGGAGGCGGUCGAGGCCGGGGACGCGCAGAUUGUCCUGGCUGUCGGCCCAUGGUUUGCUCAGGUCCUUGACGCAUCUGACAUCCCCCUCCCCCCGGCAGGGAGGAUCCCCAUGGCUACCGGCUUGUUCUCUUACAACGUCCAGCUGAAUGAGGAGCAGACCAAGUUUUUCAGGGGCAAGCCGAUGGUAUCUCAUAGGGGGAAAGGUUGCGUCGGUAAGCUCACUACCCAGACCCUAGUUGACGGGGUUACGCAUCGCGAACUGAAGCCCCGUCACUGUACGAACAGGGACGGCGUCACGGCAACGCAGGACCCUCUCAUUGCCAAACACCCCCAGUUCCCCAAUCUCAUCUGUGUUGCUGGGGGAUCCUAUAACCGCGCCAAAGACCUCCCGACCAUUGGCAGCACCGUCGUCGAUGUUCUCAGCGGUCGGGACGUUCCGGACCGGUAUAGCUGGGAGCCGGAGCGGGAGUACUCUCACCGCGAUCACUCCCAUCUUGUCGCCAGAGGCGACUUCGGCGCCAUGGAGACGGAAGCGCAAGAUAUGAUGGAUCCAGCUGCAGGUAAUUUGUUUUUAGGCGUAAUAUAG